CGUGAAUCGACGACGACAGUCGAUUCACGUCAAGGAUGGUGCGUUCAGUAACGAAUUCUAUGAAUUUUGAUAUCAGCCGUCUGAACAUGUAUUAUCUAAACACAUAAAAUAGCCAACCCAAAUAAAUCUACAACAUGUCAGCGCCUGUGAUCUAAACACCAGCCCUCCUCCAGCUGUGCAGACGCGGCAGACGAGCGGAUAUGGCACCCGGCAGCGGACGUAGAUGCAGCAUCCGGUAGCUUCUUCAAACUUCGCAACAUUUUUGUUUUUCAUCAGCUUUUUCCGUUUUGUUGCCGAAACAUGUAUUUUUUUAAUGCAGUCUAUGGUAUUACAUAUGACAGAAAUACAGUCUUUGGAAAAGGAAGACGGGGUUUUGGAUUAAAGAGCAGCGGACCAUGAGACGAUCCACGCUCAAAGGAGAGGAAAGAGAGCCGGUGUGGUGUCUAGGACUGGGCUUACCAGGUUCCUCUGUCAUCUAUCUGCUGGUGAAUGGUAUCGAACCCUCAGCGUAAGAGCAGAUUUCAUAAGGAAAGUGAGCAAAGAUGCAGAUUUUUGUGAAAACACUCACGGGUAAAACCAUCACCCUCGAGGUGGAGUCCACUUACACUAUUGAGAAUGUCAAAGCCAAAAUCCAAGACAAAGAAGGUAUCCCCCCUGAUCAGCAGCGUCUCAUCUUUGCUGGGAAACAGCUGGAGGAUGGACGCACCCUGUCAGACUAUAACAUCCAGAAGGAGUCCACUCUUCACCUUGUCCUGCGUCUGAGAGGGGGCGUCAUUGAGCCCUCUCUGAAACUGCUGGCUCAAAAGUACAACUGUAACAAGAUGAUCUGCCGCAAGUGCUACGCUCGUUUACAUCCACGAGCUGUCAACUGCCGUAAGAAGAAGUGUGGACACACCACUGACCUCAGACCCAAGAAGAAGAUUAGGUACUUGUGACUUCAUCGAGUCAAAUUCAGAGAGAGAGAGAGAGAUCAAGAUCACUUUCUGUCCGUUCAAUAUGAAGCUGGAGCCAGGAGACACCUACCUUAGUCUUGCAUAAAGGUUCCAUCCAAAGGUAACCAAAUCCACAAACCUGUCACUUUUACACUCGUACUGACUAAACAAACAAGAUGUAACAUCUUAAUUAGAAACCCUGGUAGGUGGAUUUUGUUCCCUUUGGACAGAGCCAGGCUAGCUGUUUCCCCCUGUUCCCAGUCUUUAUGCUAAGCUAUGCUAACCAGCUGCUGGCUGUAGCUUCAUAUUUAUCACACAGACAUGAGAGUGCCAUCGUUCUUCCCAUCUAACUCUCUGCAGGAAAGCGAAUAAGUGUGUUUCCACAAAUGUCAAACUAUUCCUUUAAUGAUUUUAUACU